AUUAUUUUACGGAGCCAAGCGCAUAGGCCCUCGCAAGAAAGUCGCCCAAAACAGCAUCCAAGAAUGAACAAGCGCGCUGAUUGGACGAGAGGCGAGCGCGGCCCACUGGAGAAGGUAACGAAUGUUUAUAACCGUGCCGUUUCUAAAAUAACAAGGUUGGGAGUCUAAUUUUUGCUCGAUUCUGUGCUCUAACGUUGGUUCCACAUUAUCCCCACAAGUUUAGAUCACUUCAAUCGUGAAAUAUUGUCCUAGCGAGCCACGUGCGCUGUCCCUCGCAAGAAACUUGCCCAAAACAGCAUCCAGAAUGAACAAGCUCUCUGAUUGGCCGAGAGGCCUUGUCGGGAAGGAAGUUUCGCCACUCGCGCUGAGGCAGUUGGUCGUCAGGAGUCGAGGUGUGUUGCUGUUUGCUAGCUCUCUCGUUUUAUUGUCCCAACGUUUCGGAAUGGCCCGUACGAAGCAGACCGCCCGCAAGAGCACGGGAGGAAAAGCACCGCGCAAGCAGCUGGCUACGAAGGCCGCCCGGAAGAGUGCUCCUGCAACCGGUGGAGUCAAGAAGCCGCAUCGCUACAGGCCGGGCACGGUCGCGCUGCGUGAGAUUCGUCGUUACCAGAAGUCGACUGAGCUGCUCAUCCGCAAGCUGCCCUUCCAGAGGCUAGUGCGGGAGAUCGCGCAAGAUUUCAAGACGGACCUCCGCUUCCAGAGCUCGGCUGUAAUGGCCCUGCAGGAGGCCAGCGAGGCCUACUUGGUCGGUCUCUUCGAAGACACCAACCUCUGUGCCAUCCACGCCAAGCGGGUAACCAUCAUGCCUAAGGACAUCCAGCUGGCUCGUCGCAUCCGCGGUGAACGCGCUUAAUGUCGCUUCUUUGGAAGCGGCAGGCAACGCCACAAAAACGGCCCUCUUCAGGGCCACAUCAGACAUGCUUUUCGGACAUGUGUAAAGCGACGUCCUCCCGUGUCUCAAUCUCCGAUGCUGACUUGUUCCAAGUGCAGGAGUUCAAAAGCUGUGAGUACUUUCUAUUUAUUCUCCCAUUUUGAACUAGUUUGCAUUGUGCCAAGUGCUCCGUUCGCAGUUGCUUCCAACGAUUCCUUCAUGUGUUCCUUGUUUUCUAAAGUGUUGUUGAAUGAAAUAAAUAAAGAAGAAAAAAACCUUUCCCGAGACAUUACAGGGUUCAUUUUCUAGCAAUCAGCGAAUAUCACGAUUAUAGAUUCGACCAACAAAAACCCGUGGAGUAAUUAUCUGUUUUUGAGGGAUGUCCACAACAUUUAUUGCCCUCUGCCGGUUUCGGGGAAA